GCACAUGCUCAGCACGCAGAAGGUUUUGCUAACUUCAUUUCUUUCUCUCUGGCUUCCACGCCUUCGUUGAAUCGAGUUAUGAACCUAUGCGAGGAGUUCCGUCACCUCGCACAGUGUUUCGUGUGGUCGGAUCAUACGUUGUUCGAAAUAUGUUCUCUUUCCCCGGAGGACCGAAUUCAGCAACUUCGUGCCACCUUCCUUUUUCCAGAUAAUCAGCCAAUUUCUUUACAUUCGAUUUUCUCUGCUGGCUCGAGCACCUACUCUUGGUCGAGACGUCUUCUUGCUGGUGUCCACGGCGCAGACUGCGUUCGUGAGAAGGACUUUCUUUGCCGUGCAUGCUUUGAUCGCCUCGUUGCUGCACUUCGACGUUUCGAGGAUGCUUACAAGUCUUUUGAUCAAACAUUGUUUCGUUUUGAUUGCAUGCCAGCUGUGGACACAGCCAGCGCUACAAGGCCAUUUUCGCCAAAUGGAAGCUGCACAACAUGUCGGGUUUGUUUUUUAUGCCUUCGUACGUACGAAGCGUACGUGACGACGGACCAGUUCUUUGACCAAAAUUGUUACCAUGAAGUUUGGGUCUACGGGUGUUUCGUUCCCCGUAGACCCAAACUGGUAAUUCACUUGGAAUAA